AGGGUCGGAAUCACGUUCGGCUUCUCGUUCUCUCGAAAGUGCCAAGCCACCACUGAGAGAGAAUAAUGGAACGACGACAAGAGAGAGAAAAGACCAGACACUGAGUGGUGGAGAGAGAAAAAAAAAAGAAAAAAAAGGUCGCAGCGAGUGUUAGAGAGAGAAAGUGAGUGGUGAGAGGGGGAUGGGGCAGAUCGUGAAGAGGAAGAAGAAAGGGAGACCAUCGAAGGCGGAUCUGGCAGCUCGAGCUUUAUCGGCAUCGCAGAGUGAUAAACGGCGGACCCUCCGGCGCCGAAAUGUGAGGUAUAACGUGAUCGACUACGACGAUGAUUUUAUUGAAGAUGACGAGGAGGAAGAAGAAGAGGAAGAAGUGGGAAGGCGAGAGAAGAAGGUUAAGCUCGUGGUUAAGCUCCACAGCAACGAAAAUGCACGCUCUUCAGUUGCGCGUGGACGGCACGCGCAAGGAAAUGGAGAAUCGGAGGAGGACGAGGUGGAAGACGAAGAAGAGGAACACGGGAAGAAGCCGUUAAAGAAGAGGAAAAUCAGCGGUGUAGAUGAUGCUGAGUAUGAUAGUGAUAAUAUUGACGAUAACAAUGAUAACCGCGAUGAUCAGGGAGCUGAUGAUGAUGAGGUUAGGGUACGAAAGGGAGACACCACAGGGCAGGACUCUGCUUCAGGGACGCUCACUGACGCUGCUUCUGGAUUGUGUUUGCCGGAUAAGAAAGUGUUGGAGUUGAUUCUUGAUAAGCUUCAAAAGAAAGACAUAUAUGGUGUGUAUGCAGAGCCCGUUGAUCUUGAAGAGCUUCCAGACUAUCUGGAUUAUGUUGACAAUCCAAUGGACUUCGCUACUGUGAGGAAGAAGUUGGCUAAUGGAUCAUACUGUACCUUGGAGCUAUUCGAGAGUGAUGUGUUUCUGAUAUGCUCUAAUGCAAUGAAGUAUAAUGCACCAGAGACCAUAUACUAUAAACAGGCACGUUCCAUUGAAGAGCUGGCAACGAGGAAAUUCCAGAGGUUAAGGGCCAACAUUGAGCGUGCUGAGAAAGAGAUGAAUGCGGAACAGAGAACAAAAUCGAAUUCAUUGGGAAAGAGCCAAAUAAAGAGACCUUUGGGCCGGAUUGUGCAGGAACCUGUUGGCUCUGAUUUUUCCUCAGGUGCUACUCUUGCCACACAUGGGGAUAUCCAGAAUGGUUCUGCUGCAAACCAAGCAAGCGGCUGUGAAAGGCCUGUUGUUUCUGAUGGGCCUCUUGACGGGAACGACUCCUUGGUCGAUAAUAAUCUAGAUAAGAUGGAAGAUAUGCCAUCAGGAAAGGGUCUACCAUCCAAACUUGGGAGGAAGCCAUAUAUAGUUGAUGAAAACCGUCGUGCAACAUUCGAUAUAUCUGAUCAAAUGGUGUCCAAAUCAGACUCAAUAUUUACAACCUUUGAGAGUGAAGUCAAGCAGCUAGUUGCUGUUGGGCUUCACGCAGAAUAUGCCUAUGCCAGGAGCCUGGCUCAUUUUGCUGCAACUCUUGGACCUGUUGCUUGGAAAAUUGCAUCCCAGAGAAUUGAACAAGCAUUACCUGCAGGGUUUAAGUUUGGUCGUGGAUGGGUGGGAGAAUAUGAGCCACUUCCUACCUCAGUCUUAAUGCUUGAACCCCAAACUCAGACAGAAUCUCGUCUUUCCUCAAAGUUAAAGAGUACUGCUGAUGCACGAAAGGUUGACAUGACUUCUAAAACCCCCAUCCCUACCGAGGAGCGUCCUUUAAGUGGCCCUGCUAAGGUGCACUCUGUUCCAGUAAAAAAUGAGCAUUUUCUCGGUAGGCCUCCAAGAGAGCCUUUUGCUCCUGAUAAGGAACAUCAUGUCAGUGAGUCUGUGAGGGAGCAUUUUGUUCCUGCUAAAGACCAUCCUGUCAGAGGGCUUAAUUCAGAAGGAAAGCCACCAUUAUUUCAUCCUAGGAAUGGGCCUGUGUUGGGAGAAAAACAGUCAUUAUUUGCGUCUGCUGGAAUGGCAGCUUGCAACCCUGCGGCUGCGACUUAUGUGCAACAGAAUCUGCCUUUCAGAAAUACUGCUGUGCCUGAGAAUAAGCUUACAAAGCAAGUUGAAUUGAACUUGCCACCUUCGGCUAAUCAACAUGAUGCUGACCUUGUUGUAGAUAAGCAGCUUUCAAACAAUUCAGAAAUGCCAGUUUCCAGGUCAAGAGAGAUGGCUCCAAGGAACUUGAAUCUUCCACAGCCAUUACCGUUUAAGCGGCCAGAUUAUAAUGGAAUUGGCUCUAGAGGAUUACCCAAUGGAAAAGUAACUGGAAAUCCCCUGAAUGGUGGAAUGAUUAGUUCAUCAACUGAUACUGUUUCUAAUCAAGUUACCAAAGCAGCAACUUAUUUAGCAUAUGGACAAGAGAAAAGUCUUGGUGACUCAGUUGAGUUGAUGAGGAGAUUAGCUGAAAAUGGCCAAAAGCAUCAGAGAUCAACGAACCAUACACCAGCUGAUAGUCCUCCUGUAGUGGCUUCAGGUCCAUCUGUAAGAAAUGAUUCAAACAAUGCCUCAUCAACUGCUGCCCGUGCAUGGAUGUCGAUAGGAGCCGGUGCUUUUAAACAACCAACAGAAAAUUCUAGCACUGAUAAAACUCAGAUUUCUGCCGAGUCAUUAUAUAACCCUACUCGACAGCUUCAUCCUCAAAGUCCACGUGUUCAGGGGCAGUCUCCGCUGCCCGCUAGCAUGCAAUUUUCUGAUAAGAACAGUUUUCAAUUUCAGGUAUUUCCACCCCAACCUUUUCGGCUAGGAAAUGAUUCCCAAUUGCAAAACAGACCUAUGGUCUUCUCUCAGUUGGUAACAACUGACUUUUCUAGGUUCCAUGCACAGUCUCCUUGGCGAGGUCUUAGUCCACAUUCCCAACCAAGGCCAAAACAAGACACCCUUCCUCCAGACUUGAAUAUUAGUUUCCAGCCUCCAAAUUCUCCUGUGAAACAAUCAUCCAAUGGUAUUAUGGAUUCGCAGCUGCCAGAUUUGGCUUUGCAGCUCUGAAUACAGGCGAAUUCAGGGAGAAGUUAUACAGGAAGGAAGGCGCAGUGGUGGUAUCUCUCCUAUAUCAAGUGUGGGACCCAUCUCUCAGAGCUUUGGUGCAUAAGCGGUGAGAACGUUCUAUCUUUCAGAGCAGAAACGGCCUUUAUUUGUCUACCAUUGAUGGGAAAAUACCUAAACUCAAUCCCCUGAUCAAUAAGAUGGUGCCGGAUUCUGUUCGACGAUAUGGGAUACAAUCAGAGGAUCGGGGAUUUUCUCUCCUUUUCAAGGAUUAUUUACUGAGCAACAGAUAAUUCAUCUUAGGAAGCUAGAAUCUUUGGAGUUAAGCAUGAGAAUGAUUGAAUUUUAGCAAUUAUCAAUUGAUUAGAAGUUGGUAGUCAGAUUGAUUAUUACACAACAGAGCCCAUUGAUGCCUUGUACACUAGUUACAGGUGGGUGAGGAUUAGUUGCAUAGAUUUUAGUUGCUUUUAUGUCAUUACAUGUUAGUAUUUCAUUGAGGAUUAUGCUGGUACUGUUGUUCAGUUGUGUACAUGUGGAAGGUAUUCUCACAAAUGAAAAUUUUGUGUCAUCUCUU